AUGUUGCAGUGUAAGCAUGCUGAGGAGUUCAGUUUUGGUCCCCGGGCUCUAAAGGAUGCCCUCAUCUCCACCAACCCUGUUCUCCAGGAACUUUAUGCUAAGGCCUUUUCCACUACUGAGAGGCUUUUCCUCUCUGAAGCAUACAACCCACAGAGGACCCUCUUCUGUACAUUGGUCAUCAGGACCGCUUUUGACUGGCUCCUAAGCCACCCUGAUGCCCCAGAGGACUUUGAGACCUUCUACCACUCUCUCCUAAGGAGGAAACAGAGCAUGUGCCGGAAGCAUAUUUACCUACAGCCAAUAGAUGUAAUUGAAGGACCUGCAGGGAGUUCCCUCCUGGACUGUCUCCGGGGAUGCGUGGAAUCUUUCUUCCUGGGGCUUCGGGUAAAGUGCCUUCCCCCCGUACCAAUCUCUUCCAUCCACUGCUGCUUCCGUCAUAAUCGGGACUCUGACAAGAUCCAGCUCCAUGCGGAUAGCAUUUUGACCUUCCUGAAAAAUAAUAAACCUAUGGAUGCCCUUUGUGUGCUGGGCCUCACACUCAUGGACCUGUACCCCUGUGAAACCUGGAGCUUCACUUUUGGCAAAUCCCUUCCAGGACAAGAAGUAGGAGUAUGCAGCUUUGCCAGGUUUUCAGCUGACUUCUGCCAGGCUCCAGGGGCUGAGGAGAUGCCAGAGAUCACCAUGAAGGUGCCUGAGAUAACUCUGAGGGACAGAAAUCAGACACUAUUCUUCAGCAUUCUGGAGAUGGUCCAAUGCUGCAAGGUCACAUGUCAUGAGAUCUGCCACUUGAUUGGUUUGGGAAAUUGCCGCUGGCUGAGCUGCAUCAUGCAGGGAGCCCUGAGUGUGGAUGAGGCCCUCCUCCGGCCCCUGGAGCUUUGCCCUAUCUGCCUUCGGAAGCUGCAGUAUUUCAUUGGAUUCAAGCUUAUUGAGCGAUACAAGGUGAGGAAAUGCCAGGAAGUAGUUGAAAAUGAGGGACUAGGGAAGAGCUGGGGCGUCAUCUACAGAGAAAAACUCUAUGCUUGGAUUCAAACUGUGGCUGCGACGUGGCCCAGUCAUGAGGCAGGAGACUUGUCUGUGUCUGAGGAUGUCCUCCCCUUCAGCUCAGACUCAGGAAUGGGCUGUGAGAAUGACUCUGAAGCAGUCACAAGCCUGUCAGAGCCCCUCACCCCAGACACAUGCAGUCACGCUUUCUCCAUUGGGCAAGAGCUGGAGCCUGAGGAGGGAAUGUGCUCCCUGGCAGACCUGGACAGCCAGCAACAGCUGGGAGACCUUUCUGGCUCUUCAGAUAUCAUCAAAGAGCAUGAACUCUGGCUGGCAACUUGCAUCUCUGCCUUGGAGAGGGAUGUCUCAGAGGAAGAGCUGGCUGAAGUAGAUGGGGCUGUGGAUGCCCUUGCAAGGUGGGAGAUGUUCACAGGACAGCUCCCAGCCCCCAGAAAGGACUUGCCUUUCAGUAGAGACAGUGUAGGGCUACGAAAAGUCCUGGGGGACAAAUUCUCCUCCUUAAGGCGGAAGCUGAGCACAAGAAAACUGUCCAAAGCUGAAACCUCCCCUUGUCGAUGGAAGUGGGAAGACAAUUAGUAUAGCAAU